AUGAGGAGCAUAAAGUCAGUGGUGGUGGGAGAUGGUGGAGUGGGCAAGACUUGUCUAUUAAUAUCGUACACAACAAACACAUUCCCCAACGACUAUGUCCCCACGGUGUUUGACAACUACUCGGCAUCGGUGCUUAUAGACGGAGAGCCAAUAAAGCUAGGUCUCUGGGAUACAGCAGGCCAAUCAGAAUACGAUAGGUUGAGACCCUUGUCGUAUCCUCAAACUGAGAUAUUCUUGGUGUGCUUUUCAGUGAUAAGCCCCGACUCGUUCCAAGACGUCAAGAUGAAAUGGGUGCCUGAAAUAUUACACCACUCGCCAAAGGACAUUUUAAUGCUACUUAUUGGAACCAAGAUAGAUUUAAGAGACGAUGCCAAUGUAUUGGACGAAUUGGCUUAUAAAGGCCAAAAAUCAAUAACAUACGAACAAGGGUGCAAAUUAGCCAAAGAAAUCGGUGCUGUGGAUUACAUGGAGUGCUCUGCUGCCACGCAAGUGGGAGUCAAGGAGAUUUUCGAUGCUGCAAUCCGAGCUGUGUUGGAGCCUCCUUCGCCGCAGCAUGAUAAGGAUUACGUUUCAACUGAACAAAGCUCUGCUGGCUCGGGGGCUAAUGGAGAUGGUGCGAUCGGAGGAGCAAGUCUGGGCAGGCAGAAGUCGAGUAAUAAUGGAAUCUCGAGUGGAUCUGGCAAAAAGAGGAAAAUCAAAAAGGCUAAAAAGUGCGUAAUUUUGUAA